UGGAGGGUGGUGGCCGGGGCCUCGACCGGCUCUGCCAGCCGGGCUUUGGGUCAGGGGAGAAAGUGGAGAACUGCUCUGGGAAAUGGCCCCGGACUCGCCCACCUGGGGGGGGAGGGGCCUCCUGCCCUCAGCUGCAAUCCUGCCAUUCCCACAUCCUUCCUGAGGCUGCCAGAGUUCAGGGGUGAGUUUGCAAAAAGAGAGAAGCCUGGACUUCCGCAGAGGACUGCCUCGUGGCUGGCAGAAAAUCCCAGGAAAGAGCAAAUUGAGAGCUCCAGGAUCAAAGCAGAGGAGGAUCUCAACCCCCUCCCCCCCCCGCCUUGCAGGUCACACGGGCCUGAUGCCAAGAUGCUGGACAACGGGAAUGGCCAGUCCUUUGGCCAGCUGACCCUGAGCGAAAUGCUGCAGAUCGCCACGCAGAUCGCCUCUGGCAUGGUCUAUCUGGCCUCCCAGCACUUCGUCCACCGGGACCUGGCCACCCGCAACUGCCUGGUGGGGCACGGCCUGGUGGUGAAAAUCGGGGACUUUGGCAUGUCGCGAGAUAUUUACAGCACCGACUACUAUCGGGUGGGCGGCCGUACCAUGCUCCCCAUCCGCUGGAUGCCCCCGGAGAGCAUCCUCUACCGCAAGUUCACCGCCGAGAGUGACAUCUGGAGCUUUGGGGUGGUCCUGUGGGAGAUCUUCACCUACGGGAAGCAGCCCUGGUACCAGCUCUCCAACACGGAGGCCAUUGAGUGCAUCACCCAGGGCCGGGAGCUGGAGAGGCCUCGGACCUGCCCCUCGGAGGUCUACGACAUCAUGCAGAGCUGCUGGCAGAGAGAGCCCCAGCAACGGCAGAGCAUUAAACACAUCCACAGCUGCUUGCAGACGCUGGUCAAGGCCCCUCCGGUGUACCUGGCUAUUCUCAGCUAAGGGGGAGGGGGAGAGGGGGCAGCGGCCCCAGCUUCUUCAUCCAUCCAUCCGUCCAACCAAGAAACUCAACCCACGCAAGACCUCUUUCCUGAACUGCCUGCCAGGGAAAACAACGUCGUCGGUUCCCUCUCGGAAAGGCAAACCGGUUUUUCGCCCUGCUUUGGGCAUUUCCCCACCUUGUGUAUAUAAAGGCUUGUUUAGGGGAAGAGACCCUGACCUGCUGGUGGAAGCCCAACCCUGCAGAUCUCAGUUCACCGGAGCUGUUCCUCUUUGGUCCUGGGCAGCUGCCAGGAGGACCCUGGAGGGAGGCCAGGCCAGGCCAGGCCAGGCCAGGCGGGAGAGCCACUCGGCCUUGUCCAGGGUGACGUAAACCUGUUUUUCCAUCUUCGGUGCUCAGAAGACGAUCCAAGUGACUCUCUCCAGAUGCCUGUUGUGGGAGGCAGACAAAGGUGGUGUCAGACUGGGCAGGAGGAGAAACAGCACUGCUUACACAUUCUUAUUUAGUCUCCUAAGAUGUAGAUCUUUAUUGUAAUAAAUAACUUUUCCUGGCAGUGGAGGGGGGCUGUGGUCUGGAGGAUUCAGACAACCCCUCAUGCAAAAAGCAACCUGAGAUUGAGAAGGGCUGGCAAAGCGAUGGACAUCCAGGUCAAUUAAGACCAGCAGAAGCACUUUUUCUGAUUUGAAUAUUGCCUCCAAAAUAGCUUGCUUUUUUUUCCCCUCAGGGGGGCUAAAGCCACAAUUAGUGGCAGACUGCUGGGCGAAGGGCCCUCCUGCCUCAGCCAGAGCCUGAAAGCCCACCCAGCCUGCAUUUGCUUCCCUGCCCUGCUUUGUGGCUGUGCGGCUUUUCUCACCUCCUUGUGAAGCUUUUCUCACUUUCUCAAACAACAAGAUAGAUGGGGUUUGGACCCAGCUCAGAGUAAAGACUCUUCAGAAAAGUGUCUUUCGAUAAAUUAGUGUGCAGGACAAUCAGUCACUUCCUCAGACACCCGCCCCCCCCCCAAACACGGGCCCUUCCGUGUGCCCAGCUCUCAAGGGGAGCUGGUGAUGAAACACAAUUUUCAAGGCAGAAGGGAUUAAGGAAUGACAUUUAAUUGGAUUAGGGACCCCUGAUAGAGGGAUUAGCUCUGCUGCAGGGGCUCCUCCAGCCUUCUCCACCACACCACCCCCAAUUUCUAAGCAUUUAGUAUAUUGGCCAGGUCGUAGACUGGGCAGACCCCACCCGUCUUCCCAAUGGGUGGGGAUCCAUCCUGCACAACCCAACAGGGCCCCCAGGGCCACCUCAAGGAGGUUUGGGGGUCAGGUCACACCCAGGCUGAGCUCUCGGUGUUAGAUGCCUGUAUGAAUGUGCUCGAAAGAAUCUGGGCUGAAUGCUGAAAUAAAAUCUGUCGAUUCACUCACA